AUGAAAAACAGUGUGGCUCGUACUCAGCCUGUUCGUCAUUAUGCUAAUUUUCCUCCAGAUAACAAUUUACCAUUGGCUAUAGGGGCUAAUUUUCAUGAUGAUCCACUUUGUCGUGAUACUCUACGAAAAAGUCAUACAUUGCUCUUACCUAAAGAUGUGGAUUAUGCCCCUCAUACUGAGUAUGUUUAUAAUGGCGGUGAUUUUACUCGAGAUAGAAAAGGAAUGACUAAAUCUACAGCUGAUGAUGAUGAAAGUGAUGAUGAAAAUGUAUUUGAUGGAUGGCUUUCUGCAAGUUUUGAUGAACCAAAUGCUGGAAAAGAUCAUAUAGUUCGUUUUCUCGCAUACUUUGUUGAAAAUAUUCCUGAAAGUCCUAAUGAAACUACUAUUGUAAGAAAAGUAUGUAUUCGUUAUUAUACACAAGAUAAUAGUAUAUCAGUUAUUGAAGGAAAACAGGAUAACAGUGGUAUUGUACAAUCUGUAAUUUUAUCACGUCGACAAGUACCUAAGAAAAGUGAUGAUGUUACUAAUCUUGUUACUCUUGAUGAUUUUCAUAUUGGAGAUUCUAUAAAAUUAUAUCAAAGAGAAUAUCAUAUUCUUGAUAUGGAUACUAGAAGUCGAUUAUAUUAUGAAAAAAUAAGAGGAGAAAAGGUUCCAGAAGCAUUACCUUGGCCAAUGGAAUUAGAUAAAUUUACUACUGUUAUGCAAGAACGUCUUUCAAAAAGUACUCAUCGAAUGGCAACUUCUGAAGAUAUGGAUAGAAAACGAGCAAUUGAACAACAACUUACAGGAAUCUACACAAAACAUGCAACAGAAGAUAUUAUUGAAGCUCAAAAGUUUUUAAAACAUAAUAUUAAUGAGCAUUUAACAUUCCUUGCAUUAUGGGAUGAUCGAGAAAAUUUAAGUGGAGAUUUACGUUAUUGUGCAAUUCGUAUUUAUCUUGAAAAUGAUACUGUGGAAAUUAUGGAAAACAGACCUGAAAAUUCUGGACGUGAUGGUAGUAUAAUACUUUUACGUCGUCAACGUGUUCCUCGUCCUGGAGUAGAUAUUCAAAAAUCUCGUUUUCAAGAACAUACUUUUGGUGUAAUUAUGAAACGUGAUUUUCUUGUUGCUGAAGAUAUUCAAAUUGGUUCAACAUAUAUUAUUCAUGGAAGACCUUAUUAUAUUUAUGAUGCUGAUACUUCUACUCGUGAAUAUAUGAAGAAAGAAUAUGGUAUUGAACUUGCUCCUGCAGUGGAUAUUAAUCCAUUUAUUAAAUCUGAUAUGAAAGAACCUGUAAGAUUUUAUCCUCCUCCUCCUAAUGGAUUUGGUAGUGAACGUGAAAAACGUGCUAACUGGGUUAGUUUAACAGCGAAACCACCAAGACAAGAUCUUGCUAAAUGGGAAAAAGAAAAAGGACGAGUCAUGCGUUUUUUGGCAAAACUUUCAAAACCAUUGGUUCCUGGAGAUGAAAAAAGAGAAUUUGUUAUUUCUUUUCAUCGUGCAACAGAUGAAUUGGAAAUUUUUGAAAAACCAGAAAGAAAUUCUGGUUUUAUUGCAGGACGUUUUCUUGCAAAAGGAAUUUAUAGAAAAGAAUUACCAAAUGGUUCAUCAACUCUUUACACACCAGAUGAUUUUGAAGUUGGCAAAGAAAUUAUUAUAAUGGAAAGACCUUUUAAAUUACUUGCAAUGGAUGAGGAAACAAAACGAAUUCUUGAAGAUAAAGAAACUUCAACUAAUGAAACUCGUAUGAAGGAAUUACUUCUUUUAUUUAAACAACAAGUACAUUUAAAGUUUCUUCGUGUUCAUGAAGCUUAUUGUUCUCUUGCUCCUGGUGGUGUACUUGGUUACCGUCAGGUUCGUGAAUUUUUACGAUCAUGUAGUUGUACAAUAACAGAUGAAGAAGCCAUAUUAUUGGUACAAAAUAUUGCUCCAUCCAGUAAAGGUAUAAUUUCUUUUGAACAAUUUCUAGAAGUGGUAAAUGUUACUUCUUCAGGUCAUAUGGAUGAAGCAUCACUUACAACACGUUCAGUAAAAUCAGUUAAUAUGAAAAGAGAUGACACCUUACGAGCUACUGCAUUAAAAGCGGAAGAUCUUCGACGAAAAAGAGAACUUGAACUUGAAUUACGACAUAAAUUAACUCAAAGAAGAGGAACUACUCAAGAACAAUUUCGUCUUUUAGGUUGUCAUAGCGCAACAUCAAGAUUAAAUAGAGAUGUAUUUAGACGUUCACUAAAUGAAAUUAUGCAUUUUAAUGUUUCUAAGAAAGAUGAAGAUAUGUUGGUAUCUAUUUUAUUUGAUGGUCGUGAAGAUGAAAACGGUGAUAUCACUUACAAGCAAUUUCAAGAGUUUACUGAUGUUGAUAGAAUAUUGUAA